GUCUUGCUGGGCAUUCCUUAAGGAGGCAUCUUCCUUAGGAGGCUAAACUUGUGGCAAAUACACACUUCUUUGAAGAAGAAUUGGAUAUAAGUCCUAGAAAUGCAAGCCCCUACAGCUCCUACUGCACCUGUAAAUGAUAUGGAAAAAUCACCCCAUCCAAGACCAGAAGACCCUCCUUCCUACCCUUCUCAUUAUCAACCAGGACCUCCUGGACCAGUUGGUUAUCCUACCGCAGGCUAUCCUGGUCCUGGCCCUGUAGGCUAUGUAGCUCCAUAUCAGCCUGGUGGCAUGCCCAUGUAUUAUCCAAGUGGUGGCCAGCCAAUUAUGUAUCAGCCUGGCUUUAAUAUGAACCUAAAUCAACCUCCUCAGAUAUCAUGGAUGCCAGGACCACCUCCACUCCCAAAUAGCCCACCUGGUCUGGAAUAUCUGUCUCAGCUUGAGGUUCAGUCUCCUCCUGGUGUACCUCUUGGUUAUAUAAGACAACAUUGGGGCUUCUGCAAGGCAAAGUUCAGCAUUGAAAAUGAGAAGAAAGAACAUGUGAUGGAUAUGGAUGGCCCGUGUUCACCUUGUGCCUGUGGCUCAGAUAUUGUUUACCGGGUUAAAUCAUUAGAUGGAACCAAUAUUGGAAGUAUUAGUAGGCAGUGGCCUGGCUGUCUACAAGAAGCGGUGGCAGAUAUAGACAACUUUGAAAUCAGUUUUCCAUUAGACCUCAACAUAACAAUGAAAGCCAUGAUUUUUGCAGCUUGCUUCCUUAUUGAUUUCAUGUUUUUUGAAUAUACUCCAAGGAACAACCGCCAUCACCAUUGAAGGCAUUAGUAAGAACAACAGAAUGUCAGAGUUGGA